AAAGCUGUAACUCUUUCUCAAGCGGACUCCCUCAGCUCUCUUGCUGAAAAACCCUAGUCGGAUUGAACCAUGGCUGGCAUGUAUGGUUACCAAGGAGAUGGCUCGGCACCGCCACCCAGGGACGGCGGUAGCGCAGGCGGGGGAGGAUUUGCAGGCUCUGGUGCCGGAGGAUACGGGUCAAAUGGUCGCGGAUCAUAUGCUGGAUCUGGAAGCGGAGAUUAUGGAUCUGGUGGUGGUGGAGAAUAUGGAUCUUCUGCAGGUCGAGGAUACGGAUCUAAUAGCGGCGGAGGUGGUGGCGGAUAUCAAAGAGGAGAUCGUGGAGGAAGUGGAAGAGAAGGUGGUGGAAGAGGAGGUGGUCCUGGUGGUAGCGAUUGGCGAUGCCCCAACCCGAGUUGUGGAAAUGUGAACUUUGCUAGAAGAGUUGAAUGUAACAAAUGUGGUGAGCGUGCUCCUGCUGGUACUAAUGAUCGUGGUGGCAGAGAGGGUAACAAUUAUAACACGGGCGGGGGUGGCUCAUAUGGUAAUAAUAGAGGUGGAAGUGGUAGGAAUUUUGAUAGUGGAAGUGGCAGAGGUGGUAGAAGCAAUUCCUAUGGUGAUAAUCAGGGAAGAGAUAACAGUGGUUAUGGUCAAGGUCCUCCUCAAUCAUAUGAUAACAAUUACCCCCCACCUUCAAGUGGUUAUGGUGGAAAGAAUAAUUAUCCACCUGAUACAGCUCCUCCUGCAAAUUAUGGCAGCGGACCAACUUCAUAUCCCCCAUCAUCAUAUGGUGCACCUGCUGGUUAUGGUGGCAAUACUCCAGAAGAUGCCCGAGGCGGGGGAAGGACGGGCCCUCCUGCUAGGCAUGAUGGUGGGUAUAACGAUGGUGCAUUUGGUAGUUCUGAUGCUCCUCAAAAUGUCAAGCAAUGUGAUGAAAAUUGUGGUGACUCGUGUGACAAUGCAAGAAUCUAUAUAUCAAAUUUGCCUCCUGAUGUGACCAUUGACGAACUUAGAGAUCUUUUUGGAAGCAUUGGACAAGUUGCAAGAAUUAAGCAAAAGAGAGGCUACAAGGACCAGUGGCCCUGGAGUAUAAAAUUAUACACAGAUGAGCAAGGAAAUAAUAAAGGUGAUGCAGUUCUAACCUAUGAAGAUCCUUGUGCAGCCCACUCUGCCGGUGGCUUCUACAACAACCACAUGCUUAGAGGUUAUAAAAUAAGUGUUUCUAUGGCUGAGAAGUCUGCUCCAAAACCUGCUUCUGCAUAUGGGAACAGGGGUGGUGGUAGAGGUGGUUACGGUGGUGGUGAUAGACGGAAAGACAUCUACAGGGAUGGUGGAGGCUCUGGUCCAGGAAGGAACUCUUCUUUUGGUGGAAACAGAGCACACCCGUAUUAAGUUGCUUUCAAGAAUGUUAUGUACUAAAUUUGUGAUGGGAGAGUUUUUCUUUAAUUCGAGUCUCUUAAAAUGGUGACUAAAAAGGUAGGCUGUCUCAGUUCUGAGCAAUACCCUUCUUUUGGUUAUUGCUACAUGGUGGGGAGUUCUAUUUCCAGUUAAAAACUUGAUUAAUAUGAACUAUGUGAAUGUUUUUUUAUAGAGGGCGAAUGGAUAUUUCUCGCAUUGCUGCUAAGUUGAAAUAUUCAGCUUGUUUGGUGAUCCUUGAAAUGUGAGUAUGGUUCAUUUCUGGGAAAUUAAGCAAAAUUAGAGAAAAACCAUAGGAGGGAAGAAGCAAUGACAAUGAUGGGGAUCAAAAAGAAGAAAAAGAGGGGAUGGUUACCAUUUUUGGCAAGAGAACAAUGGUGAUGGAGGGAUAUUGAGGAGGAAGUUGGGGAGAGAGAGACGUGUUGGAGAAAUGGCGAAGGAGGACGCGAGGACAAAAGGAGGAGGAUGUAUCAUCGGGCAAGGACAAUCUUCGUAAAUGUCUCAUGGAUUUCAAACGGGGAGAACAAUUUUCGGAUUUUAGCCCACAUUUUCUAUUGAUUGGUUAUAUUGUUUUCAAUGUCUAGUGGCGCAAUUUGUUGUACGUUUGCUUUCUAUUUCGAUGUAUAAGACAAUCACGAUAAAGCCAAGAGCUUCAAACUUGUUGAAGGAUGAACUUUAACAAAUUUAUGGUUCUUUU